AAUGGUUGAAGUACUUUGGCAUCGCCACGCGCUUCGAGUUCGAGUACUGCUGGGUAUAGAUUGCCAUGCUGUCAUUUGCUGAAGGGAGUUGGAAAACCCAAAGCUGGAUCAUGCUGAUGCUGGUAAUUUUCGUCAUAUCUGUGAUGUCAUCAUCUGCAAGAACAAUUGAGAAUGAUACCUCUGAAUCUUUGGAUCUGUUUGAAACGACGAAUGAAACGAAUUCUGAACUACACAGAGAGAAAAGACAAUUAUUUGGGUUCACAGAUUUCGGCACAUUUUUUGGUCGGGCAGCAGACAAUUUCAACAGGAUUCGAAGUGUCGUUGAGAAUGGUUUAGCUUUAAGCACAUCAAUCACAAACAUGAUUAAUGCCACAGCCAACACCAACCAACCAAGAACCGUACAAGCUGCACUUCAAACUGUAAUGAAUGGAGCGAGAGAUGUGAUUUUGGGAUAUUUUAGGAGAAUGGGAAUCUUGCAAUAACAGCAAACACAUUAUAGAACUUAUACUAAUGCUCAUACUCACAUAAUUUCAGCUUGUUGUUAUUUAUAUAUUUCUUAUAACUUUUGUUAUAGAAGAAUGAGAAAUUAAGUUGACCAUGAGAAACUCAAAAUGUAACAUCAUGUUUUGUAGAAUUUUGAUAUAAUUAUUCUAACGAAAUCGUAUAUUUUUAAAG